AUGACUCAGGGACUAGCAAGAAAACUAUCGAGAACGAAACCUCAUAGGGAUGCAUUAUUAAAAAAUUUAGUAAGUCAAUUGUUACAACAUGGUACGUUAACAUCAACUCAUGAAAAAUGUAAAGAAGCCUCAAGAUUAGCAGAUCGUGUAAUUAAUAUGGCUAAAAGAUAUGUUGAUCCAGAGACUACAGAAUUAUCUAAACAAAGAUUAUUUGCUAAUAUUCAAUCUCGUUUAUUUUUAUCUGGUGAUAAUAAUCAUUUAAUGAAAAGAUUAUUAAAUGAUAUUGCACCAAAUUAUCAACAAAGAAAUGGUGGUUAUACAAGAGUAUUACAUUUAGAGAAAAGGUUUAAUGAUAGAGCUUCUCAAUCAGUAUUAGAAUUAGUUCAAACACCUAUAAUAAAUCCAAAGACAAAUCAAAUUCAAAAAGGUAAUUUAAAAUUUUGGUUAUUAGUUAAAAAUGUAAUUAUGGAUGAAAAUAGUAAUGUUGAUGUAAAUCCUUUAACUUUAAUUAAUUUAAAGAAAAUACAGAAUUUUAAAUCAGACGAGGAAUUUUUAAAUGAUUUAUUAAUCAUUAAAAAAUGUAUUAAAGAUCAAGAAAAUUUAGCUUGGGAUGAUACUAAAGAAUUAGAAUCAAUUAAAAAUUUAAUGGAAAACGUUAAGUCUACAAUUUUACCUCAUGUUGAUGAAAGUUCACGUACCUCACCAACUAUUAAACAAGGAUUUGAAAUAAUGGAAAAGAGACCUCAAAGACCAUCAGUUUGA